GGAGUUGCCCUGUGAGAGCCCUGGGUGCUCCUGCCUGUGACCAUGGGAACACAGCCUCAGUGGUCUGCUCAGUUGCCAUAACAUUAUAGUACAUAUGAGAAACUUCAGUCAAAUUGAAGUGGCUGUUCAAAUUGUGUUGCUUUUCUUGCCAAGAAACUGGACACAACCACAGCCACAGAGCAAUGACUUCCUGUCUGACCCAGAAGUCUCUGCAGCCUCAGAGGGCCUGGCUGCCAACUCCUCAGAUAGCAGAAAGCUGCGCCUCGUCGAUGGGGGCGGUCGCUGUGCAGAGAGAGUGGAGAUCCUGCAUCAGGGCUCCUGGGGCACCAUCUGUGAUGACAGCUGGGACCUGAAUGAUGGCCAAGUGAGUUCCUGGCCCUCAGGGUGGUGAGCAAGGACCA